GGGGGUAAAAAGGGAAAGUAAAAAGCGUGCAAAAGGUCAAGGAAUCCGGCUUUACGCCGUCUGCUAUCUUCGCGCGUCUCCAAUAUCUUUCUUUCCUGCCUGCAUCAUUUGAACAACAAGAUACAUGUGAGCGGAGAAUCCCAAAUUACUCUAUGGACUCUUCUCUGCUUCACCGUUACCGUCACGAUCGCCGUAAGCUUCUCGAUUUCAUUCUAUCCUCCGGUUUAAUCCGAUCAUCUUCCACUUCCGAUAUCGAUUUUGACUCUAUCAGCGCUGAUUACGUCAUCGAAUGCAUACAAUCCGGUGGAGAUCUUGAUGUUUCUAAAGCUACCACGAAGCAAAUUGAUGAAUCUAUGUACCCUACAAUGAUACACUCCCAAGGGGGACACGCAUUUUUUCUUUUGUCUGAUCCAGACUCUGCUGGAUCUCCACCUCAACAUGCACCACCCUCAGUUGAGGACAGUUAUGAUAGACAACGCUCAUCUAUCCCUGUAUUUUUUCCUAAUGGCUCAGAAGCAACUGUUUCUGGGCAUGAUUUAGAAGUGAAUCGUUCCUAUGCAGUACCCUCAAGUUCAAAGUCUGCAAAGAAGACAGAUGUACCUUCUUUGGGACUCCCAGCUUUAAGAACAGGAUUAUCGGAUGAUGACUUGCGGGAAUCAGCCUAUGAAGUACUGCUUUCAUGCAUUGCAUUUUCUGGGAUUUCUAUUCAUUCUUCGGAGAACUCAAAGAAAGAUAAGGGCUCUAGAUUUCUGACUGGGUUAAAAAAUAGGCGAGGUAAAAGACACCUCAGGUCCCAUUCUGUUGAAAACCACUUUGAGCACAUUGACAACAUUCGAGUUCAGAUGCAGAUUUCAGAGGCAAUGGAUGAAUGCAUUAGGCAAAGGCUGAUGCAGUUUUCCAUGAGAAAAUCUCAUGUGCAAUUUGAUAUUCCUCAAAUCGUUAUUGAGCUCUUAAGUGGCAUACAACAGAAUGAUUUUUUGGUUGAACGGUCUUACACACAAUGGAGGAAACGUCAGGCAAAUGUUCUAGAAGAACUCUUCUCAUCCGUCAAUUAUCAUGAAAUGCAAGAACUUGGCAUUUUACUUGACAAGAUUAGAAAUCCAGAGGAAUGGAAUGUUAUUAUGACUCCUGCUGAACGUGCUGAAGUCCUACAAGCUAUUAGACAGGUGGCAUCAUCACUUUCCUCUAAGCGGGGAAGUUCUCAUAUUCAAGGUGGAUCAAAUUACUGGAGUGCUGGUUAUCACUUAAAUAUAAGACUCUAUGAGAGGUUACUGUUUGGAGUAUUCGACAUUUUGGAUGAAGGCCAGCUCAUUGAGGAACAUGCUGAUUAUUUAAAGCUUGUCAAAUUGACUUGGGGUACAUUAGGCAUAACUCAGAAGAUGCAUGAUGUUUUAUAUGGAUGGGUGCUUUUCCAGCAGUUCAUUGAGACAGGAGAACUUCAACUACUCGACCAGGCAAACCUUCAAUUACAAAAAGUAUUGUCUGGCAGCUUUAAAGAGGGAACCGAGGAACAAUGUACAGACAGCCUAAUGUGUACAGUUGCUGACAAUGCUAGUGAAAUCAGAUUUAGCUUGGUGCAAGCAAUAUUUCGAGCAAUAAGCCUCUGGUGUGAUAGUAGACUUCAUGAUUAUCACCUGCAUUUCCGCGAGACGCCGGUUUUCUUCCAGAAGCUGGUUUUCAUGGGCUUAACUGUUGCAACAGCUAGCUCUGGUACAGACAAUGAAGUUAAGGUCAGGUUGUAUGUUGAGAGAUCUCUUAAAGCAGCAUGCGUGCGGAUAGAAGAUACCAUAAGUCUCAUAUCUAAAAUGGAGGGAAAGCAUCCAUUGGCUUUGCUUGCAACUGAAGUAAGAGUGGUUGCUGAAAGAGAAAUGUCUGUGUUCACGCCUGUUUUGUUCCAAUGGUGUCCAGAUGCAGGGGUCGUAGCCAGUGUACAUUUGCACCAAUAUUAUGGGAAAAAACUGAAACCAUUUCUAGAAAAUGUAUCCCUUUCGGACGAUGCUAUAUCAGUGCUUUCUGCAGCUCAUAACUUGGAGCAUUACUUGAUUCAAGCUUUUAACUCUAAAGAUGGAGAAAAUGAUGUUGGGUCAUUUUUCAUUCAUGAAAUUGAUUUCUACCAGAUUCAUAAUAUAAGCCGACCAAUCAUUCUCGAUUGGCUGAUCUCACAGCAUGAACGCAUAAUAGAGUGGACGGGACGUACUUUCCACCUUGAGGUCUGGGAACCUUUAUCAAAUCAGCAGAAGCAAGCAGCUUCAGUUGUGGAAGUUUUUAGGAUUGUAGAGGAGACAGUGGACCAAUUAUUCGGGUUGAGUCUUCCAAUGGACAUCGCACACUUGCAAGCGUUACUUUCAAUAAUUUUUCAUGCCCUAGAUGGCUAUUUGCAAAAUCUGGUUAGCCAGUUAGUCGACAAAAAACACUUAUAUCCUGCCGCUCCCCCUUUGACCCGUUACAAGGAGACAAUGUUCCCGAUAGUCAAGAAACAAGUGCUUGAUAGCGUUAUUCUCGAUGAAGAAGUGGAUGAGAAGCUAAAAGGGUUGACAGCUGUCAAACUUUGUGUCAGAUUAAAUACCCUUGAAUAUAUGCAGAAGCAAAUUGACGUACUAGAAGACGGAAUUAAAAAAUCAUGGGCAUCUACUAUGGUAUCUGGAAACAGUAGAGACUCUAAAUUGUCUAUGGGAACUACCGAUUUUAUGCAUGAAGAUAGUGAAGCAGUUGAUGAACUAUUUGUAGCCACUUUUGACACCAUCAGGGAUUCAAUAGCCGAUGCUAUCAGAAAAAUUUGUGAACUAGUUGGAACAAGAGUUGUCUUCUGGGAUUUAAGAGAUUCUUUUCUUUCCCGUUUAUAUCAUGGUAGCGUUGAAGGAGCUCGGUUGGAGAAUUUCUAUCCACAAAUUGAUAGUGUCCUCAACCAAGUAUGUGGUCUAAUUGACGAUACACUUAGAGACAGGGUGGUGGCUAGUAUAUGUAGGGCUGCGCUGGAAGGUUAUGUAUGGGUACUACUGGACGGAGGUCCUUCUUGCGCAUUUUCUGAUUCAGAUAUCACCAUGAUGGAAGAAGACCUUAAUAUGUUAAAGGAUCUUUUUGUUGCUGAUGGAGAAGGUCUUCCUCGUUCUCUAGUGGAAACCGAAUCAAAAUUUGCCCAUCAAGUUUUGAGCCUUUUCUCUCUAGAUGCUGAAUCAGUGAUCCAUAUGUUGAUGAUGGCAAGUGAAAACAUGUCCACCGGAUUUGGAUCUGGAAUUCUCGGACAGAGAUCUUUAGAGGAUGCUAACACGUUAGUACGCGUAUUAUGUCAUAUGAAGGAUAAAGAAGCUUCCAGAUUUUUAAAACUGCAUUAUCACCUGCCUCCAUCUUCAGAUUAUGUUGAUUCUCCAUCCAACGAGUCAACUCCAAAAGCAGCCAUGGGAGCCGAGUUUUUAAGAAGCGCAUCAGUCAGAUGGGGAGAGAAAGGUAAUACUAGCUUUAGACUGUUAAAGAAGAGAUUUCAAGGAGGUUCGUUUAGAUGGAGCUAGAUUUUUCAAUAUUAUAUAAAUUUAUACACCGAACUGUCUGCUGCUUCAGGAUAUUAGUUCAUAUUGGUAGUAUCAUAUUCAUUUAGUUUAUGUUG